AUGGAGUCUCCCCUUGCUGGAAACCUACAUUCUAUUCAGGAAAAGGUGAUUGAAGAACUUGUUCAAGGUCGUGGAUUAGCUGCCCAACUUCAGGUUAUCCUCCAUGAGUUAACCGGAUUUGGUAGAGGGUCAGCCACUGCUGAAGAUCUGGUAACAAGGAUAUUGAGGUCUUUCACGGAGGCUCUUUCAAUACUCAGCUCCAAUGAUUCCGGCAAGUUUCCUACAAGCUCUCCUUGUUGGAAUCACCGGAGGACUAGUGAGGAAAUUCCUACCUCGAAGGAUCAAAGUAGAAAGCGAGCUAAGAUAAGAAACAUGCAAGAGACAUGGACCAGGAUUACUUCUAUGCCCAUUGAAGAUGGCUAUGCUUGGAGAAAAUAUGGGCAGAAAGGGAUCCUCAAUGCCAAACAUCUAAGGUGCACCUACAGGUUUGAUCAAGGUUGUCAAGCAACCAAACAAGUUCAAAGAACAGAAGAUGAGACACCAAAGUUUUGGACCAAAUAUAUGGGCCACCACACUUGCCAAGAUGUCCUCAAGGCCUCAUUCAUCUUGGAUUCUACAGCUGAAGAGGAUGAGCUUCGCCGUGCCGCCGAGCGUCGUCGCCGCAAGCGCCGCCUCCGAAUAGAACCACCUCUCAACUCCCUCCGUCACACCCAGCCCCAACAACGUCCCAUAAACCCUAACCCUAAUCCUAAUGCCCCCAAACUCCCAGAAUCCGUCACUGUCCUCACCGGCAAUCGCCUCAACCUCCACAACCGAAUCCUUACCCUCAUCCGCCAGAACGACCUGGAUGAAGCCGCACUCCUCACUCGGCAUUCCAUUUACUCCAAUUGCAGACCCACCAUCUUUACUUGUAACGCUGUCAUGGCCGCUCUCCUCCGCCAAUCUCGAUACUCCGAUCUCCUCUCGCUUCAUCGAUUUAUCACUCAGGCUGGUGUCGCUGCUAACGUCGUCACCCACAAUCUCCUCAUUAACGCCUACUGUGAUUGUAGGAAAACUGAUACUGCUCUUGAACAUUAUAAGCAGCUUAUCAAUGAUGCCCCUUUUAAUCCUUCUCCUACUACUUAUCGCAUUCUUGUGAAGGGGCUUGUGGAUAACAACAAGGUUGAUCGGGCUGUAGAACUGAAAAAUGAGAUGCUUGAGAAGGGUUUCGCUCCGGACUCAAUUGUCUAUAAUCAUCUCAUGUUGGGGCUAGUGAAGAAAUUAGAUCCAGAUGGAGUUCUGGCUUUAUACGAGGAAUUAAAGGAGAAGCUAGGUGGUACCCAUGCCAACAAAUAUUAUACGAAGCCACUACGAAAUGCGGGUAUACGUCAUGUGGGCUUCGCAAGCAUGACGUUGUGUGAAUCGCCUGAAUGGAAAUUGGAUAUUGGAUAUUGGAUAUUGGAUAUUGGAUAUUGGAGGUUGAAUGAGCCACAGAGAGAGAGAGAGAAAGAGGCAUUAAUGGAGUCUGCCCUUGCCGGAAACUUAGCUUCUGUUCGGGAAAAGGUGAUCGGUGAACUUGUUCAGGGUCGUGAAUUUGCAGCCCAACUUCAACUUGUCCUCCAUGAUCUCACUGGAUCUGGUCAUGACUCGGCUACUGCUAAGGAUCUAGUAACUAAGGUAUUGAGAUCGUUCACAGAAGCUCUUACAAUACUGAGUUACACUGAGUCAGGCCAGGUUCCUGUAAGUUCGUCUUCUCGGGAUCAACAACCUAGAAAGCAAUCUAAGAAAAGAAACAUGCAAGAGACAUGGACCAGGAUUACUUCUAUGCCCAUUGAAGAUGGUUAUGCUUGGAGAAAAUAUGGGCAGAAAGAGAUCCUCAAUGCCAAACAUCUUAGGUGCUACUACAGGUGCACCUACAGGUUUGAUCAAGGUUGUCAAGCAACCAAACAAGUUCAAAGAACAGAAGAUGAGACACCAAAGUUCUGGACCAAAUACAGUGGCCACCACACUUGCCAAGAUGUCCUAAAUCAGGCUUCAUUCAUCUUGGAUUCUACAGCUGAAGAGGGUGUUUUACUCAAUUUUGGAUCAAACACCACAACCAAACAAGAGCCUUUUUUCUUCUCAUCAUCCUUCCCUUCAAGGAAGGAAGAACCCAAGAAAUCCUUUCCCUCAAUACAACAAGAAUACAAUCCAUCCUCAUCGGAUUAUUUUCCAUCACAGGAUCUAAUCAAAUGCAAAUCAUCCAUGCCUACAUCGACUUUGAAUUCGGACCAUGGGGAUGCUGUUUCAGGGAGUAGCAGCAGCAGCUCUUCUUCUAGCAGCUUCGACUUGGAUAUGGAGUUGAUUGAUUCUGUUAAUCUCAAUGAUGUAUUAUUUGAUGAAGAGUUUUUUUAGCCUCUAUAUAUGUAUUUGGUCGUUGCCUAUAAGAGAGAGAACAAAUAACGGUUCCAAAUACCUCUCCUUGGAGCUUAAGAAGCAAUCUCUGCACA